AUGGCUCUCGACGCUCUGACCACCGCCGCGGCACCGCCGAUCAGCUUCGACGACGACGUCUCCGACUGGCCGAAAUCCAAGCGCCGCGAACAAUCCCAAGACGAAUAUCUCGCCUUCUGCCUCGUCAUGCUCGCCCACGGCGGCGCCGCUCCCUCAUCGUACAAGUGUAGUGUGUGCGGCAGGGCUUUCCCUUCGUACCAAGCGCUGGGCGGCCACAAGGCCAGCCACCGGGCCAAGGCUCCGGCCGAGGAAAUCAAUAGCUCCGCGUUGAGCCCUAGCGGGAGGCGGCACGAGUGCUCGGUUUGCCAUAAAAUUUUCCCGUCCGGGCAGGCUCUCGGGGGACACAAGCGGAGGCACUAUGAAGGCGUGAUCGGCGGCAGUGCGGCCAGGAGCCGCGUCCGGGAUCUCGACUUGAACAGUCUGCCGUCGGAUGAAGAAGUACUGUAGAGUGUGCUGCCGCCUUUAUUCCAAUAGAUACU